GGAGUGGAGUGGAGAGUGGCUGCGCGUGCGCAGAACGGUUUGCUCGUUGGUUGUUGUAGUAACAGGGAUGGAAGCGCCGGCGAGAAGGAGCCGAGGCUGCCGGGUCCAGCGAGGGAGAUGAAGCCGCAGGAAACAGCACUGGCUAGAUUUACUGAUUCUACAGGAAAGAAUGUGAAAGGCCACUGUUUCUGGGCUGUAUGAAAACAUCUGCAGGAGAUGCCAGUUGAAAUGGCUCGGGACUUAGAAGAAACAGACUCAUCUUCAGAGGAAGAAGAAGAGGUAGAAGGGCCAGGGGAGCAUCCAUGUAUCACGUGGACAAGUGGUUUUAGAAGGAUCCCAAUCCUUGUGUUUCAUGCAGAAGCUAUUAUAACUAAGGACAGUUAUACCCGCUUGAUUGGAGAACGCUAUCGAUUGGCUUUUAAGAUUGUGAGAACAGACAGCCGCCUUGUGCGUAGCAUUUUGUCAGCUCAUGGAUUCCGUGAGGUGCACCCAAGUAGCAAUGAAUAUAACCUUAUGUGGACAGGAUCCCACCUAAAACCGUAUGUUCUUCGUUCACUCACAGACAUUCAAAAAGUCAAUCAUUUUCCCAGGUCAUAUGAGUUAACUCGAAAGGACAGAUUAUAUAAGAACAUCAACCGAAUGCAACAAACCUAUGGAUUCAAAACCUUCCAUGUCCUGCCUCAGACUUUCAUUCUCCCAGCUGAAUAUCAAGAAUUUUGUAAUUCCUAUUCCAAGGACAGAGGACCCUGGAUAGUGAAACCUGUGGCAUCAUCUAGAGGGCGAGGUGUCUAUUUGAUCAACAGUCCAAAUCAGAUUUCCCUUGAAGAGAACAUCCUGGUCUCACGCUACAUCAACAAUCCCUUACUCAUAGAUGACUUCAAGUUUGAUGUGCGGCUUUAUGUUCUGGUGACAUCUUAUGAUCCCCUUAUCAUCUACCUCUAUGAGGAAGGUCUGGCCAGGUUUGCAACUGUUAGAUAUGACCAGGGAGCAAAAAAUAUUAAAAACCAGUUCAUGCAUCUAACAAACUAUAGUGUCAACAAGAAGAGUGGUGACUAUGUCAGUUGUGAUGACCCUGAAGUGGAGGAUUAUGGAAACAAGUGGAGUAUGAGUGCAAUGUUAAGGUAUCUGAAACAGGAAGGAAAAGAUACGACUGCUCUGAUGGCCAGUGUAGAGGAUCUGAUAAUUAAGACAAUACUUUCUGCUGAACUGGCCAUUGCAUCAGCGUGUAAAGCUUUCGUUCCACACCGUGGUGUUUGCUUUGAGCUUUAUGGUUUUGAUGUCCUAAUUGAUUCUACUCUCAAGCCUUGGCUACUGGAGGUGAAUCUGUCCCCUUCCCUGGCCUGUGAUGCUCCUUUGGACCUGAAGAUUAAAGCUAGUAUGAUUUCAGACAUGUUUACACUUGUAGGCUUUGUUUGUCAGGAUCCAGGUCAGCGGCUAAACAGGACAACUUAUUACUCCUCUGAGGCAAGGAGGAAUCCGUAUCAAAAACCUCAACGUCCUGUGUCUGCACAGCCCCGAUCGACAAAUGCUAAGCUACGUUCUCGGCCUCUCUCUGCCAGUGAUGCUGAGAUGAAAAAUCUUAUGUCAUCAGCAAAAGAGAAAAUAUCUGGGAGACAUGUUGGUUCCAUGCUAGGCCUUUCUAUGGAAGAGAUAAAAGUUCUGCGUCGAGUGAAGGAUGAAUAUGAGAGAAGAGGUGGAUUCAUUCGUAUAUUUCCUACACCAGUAACCUGGGACACUUAUGGAUCCUUUCUGGAACACAAAACCACAAUGAAUUAUAUGCUGGCUGCUCGACUUUUCCAAGAAAGAGGUGGGUCAAGGCGAUGUCCAGCUCCUAGACUAACUCGAGGCUUUGACUUGCAAAGUGGGCGUGUCGCCACUAGAUGUCUCAACAGCAGUCUCAGUUUAACUCUUGCUGGAGAUCUGGGCCUGGACAGUGUGGAUUGUAACGCUCAGCUUCAUGCUGCUUUGUAUGAGCGGAAACUUCUGUCACUAGAGGUACGGAAACGAAGACAACGUCAUGGCAAAUUGAGACCAAGACGUUCAAGAUUGUCAGGGACUUCACAGUCAACUGAUUUUGUCCUUAAGUCAGAAAUGGAAUCUGAAGAGGAGGAGGAGACAGCAGAGGAGGAUGAAGAACUGGAAAUACCUCAGGGUGAAACAGCUGAUUGUCUUAGGAAUAUGAAGGUGAAAUCUAAACCACAGUUGUCAGAGCAGUUGGAGCCUGCUCACCAAGAGAAGUUGAGAAAGAACCAACUUGAAGAGAAACCUAGACAUGAAGGGCUACCACUCCAAAGCAAAUUGCAACCUGUGCCAAUGGUUGUUGAACUUCCUUUUAAUUUGCUACAGGUUCUUCAUCAGAACAAGAAUCUCAGCAAAGUUCAGGCUCGCAGGGCUUUCUCUGCUUACCUGCAACGUGUCCAAUUGCGCCUGAUGAAAGAGGCUGGGGAUCAGGUCCAUAAUCCUGCCUGGGCGGCCAAGGAAGAUGAACAAAUGGAACUGGUGGUUCGCUUUUUGAAGCGAGCAGCAAGUAAUCUUCAACAGUCUUUGAGGAUGCUGCUCCCAAGUCGACGCCUGGCCCUGUUUGACCGUAGGCGCAUCUUGGCUCACCAACUUGGUGAAUUCAUAAUCUGUUAUAAUAGGGAAACUGAUCAGAUGGCUCAGAGAAAGUUAAAACAGAAACAGGAGGAGGAGGAGGAAGAAGAAGACGAGGGUGUGGAUCCUGAAGGCUUUCAUGAAUUUGUUACUAAGGCAAGCGAAAGUGAUCUGGAAGAGGUGCUGACUUUUUACACACAUAAAAAUAAAUCAGCAAGUGUCUUCCUUGGAACGAACCCUGGAACUACAAAACAUAGUAACAGUCAGUUGGAAAACAGAGCCAAAGAGGAUCACCCAGAAAAGAUGGAAGAAACUGAAAAACAGCAGUCCCAAAUUCCAGUGGUUAAGGAAAGUGUGGCAGAGGAGCUGAGAGGUGAUCAACCAAAGGAAACCAGACAAUCCAGGGUUCCUUCCUCACCAGAAGAUGAGAAUGCACCACAACACAGCCUUCUUAGUGCUGCUUCCUCUGUUCCUGAUGCCAUCCUCUCACAAAGCAUCAGUUCCCAGUUGUCCUCUCAUACUGCUGCCUCUGAUAAUGCACAGGUGCCUGAUCAUCUCUCAGCCCUCUCUCUUCCAUCUGAUUCUAGACUGACUCCUUCCCCCUCUUUCCAAAAUGCAGCAAAUGACACCUGGUCUAGCACAACAAAAAAUGUACCCCAACUGUCCUCCAACAAUGCAGGAUUACACCGUUGUCAGUCUGGCAGUUUUACUGUCAGUCCCUUCUCCUCCUUUCAGAAUGCUAUGCAGAUCUACAGCCAAAGACUGACCCGGCCAUCCUCAGCAAAAGCAGCAGGUUCAAGGAGUCACAGCCCAAGCAGACAGCGAGGUGCAUCUGGCGGAGUGACUAAAGAUGGGGAAGAAUACAAGCGAUUCAGCCAUGGUGUUAUUGCAGCAGAACUGCACAGACUGGCAGAGAAGCAGGCAGCUAGGCAGUACUCUCCACCCAGUCAUAUAAAGCUUCUUACACAACAGUUAACAAAUCUAAAUCUGAUGAAUGGUACAGUAAGCAAAGUAAAUGCCACUUCAUCCAGUUACCGACCAACGCUCAACCCGGGAGGUUCAUUUUGGGCUUUUCAAACACAAGCACACAGCGCUGACAUCAGACCUGCAUCUUUGGCAGUUAGGGCCCUAGAGAAUAACAGCUUUGCUUGGGAAGGAGAUGCAGAGAACAGCAUACACAGUAAGUUGAUAGGAAGCCAACCAGUGCAUCCCAAGGCUCCACCUAACACCGGCAGCUAUCAGCUCCAUUUUGCCCUGCAGCAGCUCCAACAACAGAAGCUUCAAUCCAGACAGCUUUUGGACCAGAGCCGAGCCCGGCACCAGGCUUUGUUUGUCAGUUCUCCAACAUCAAACACCACCUCUAUGACUCUGUCCUCUGGUUCUGGUGCCUAUAGAACAUCAAGUGCCAUUUCUAGCAGCCAGAAGGCCUCCAGUCUGCACAAAGUAAUGCCAUCUCAGAGUGCAUCUUCACACUUGGUUCCUAAGCCCCCAGCUAGCCAUAGACAGGCUGUAAUAAGGAAAGUGGCAUCUCAGAGGAUUUCCAAGGCAACCUCCACAGAAGGGCAACUGAAUGUAUUCCAGAAUACCCUUGAUGGCGCUACAUCCUGUGAGCCACUUACAAACUCCACAGCUCCUGUGGCAACUUACUUUUUGAAGUGAUGGAUUAUGGCUAAUGAGUGAACAACCAGUUCAGUGCUUGAACAUGCAAGGAGAAAAUGAAGCAGGGAUGACUGUUCAUCAUUCUACACUCCUGACAACACCCAGAUUUACAGCAAGAUCUGUUGCGUACUCUAGAAUUUUCCCCAAGGAAAGGAAAACAACCAAUGUUAAGAGGAAGCAGUAUUGGAGUGCAGACUUGAGCCUUUCUACUUGCUUUGAGUUUUUGCUGCUCACGCCUCAGGGCUUCCUUUGCAUUGUUUCACAUCUUCCAUUAGAUAGCCAUCAGACUGUGGUUAUGACUUGUCGAAGACCAAAGUUCUCAGUUGUUGUCUGCAUUAUGUCUCCCAAGGCCCAUGUUUAUCCAGCCACUCAGUCAUUCCAGUUCACCUUAACAAUCAAGAUUCAUUAUCAUAUCCUGAGCAAAGUUCAUACUGUAUGGCCACAAGUUGAUGUGAAAGGUUGAAACACUGACUGACUAUAGACACUUGUACUGGCUGAUAUCUUGAAUUUUGGCUGGAAGCCAUAGAAAUGCUCAGUCUGAAUAAAGUCAUUCAUUUUGUUUGUUUAGCUUAUAA